CACUGGCACAGACAGUCCACAGAGCAGCAUCAGGAUGGAAGGGAUCUUCAUUGGUGUCUUGUGUCUCUCAGGGUGCCUCACCUUCUCCACAUGCCUCCUCCAUCAGUACCACUUUGUGUCUGAUGUAAUGAAUUGGACUGAAGCUCAGAGCUACUGCAGAGAGAAGUACACAGACCUGGCCACUAUUGAAAACACUGAAGAAAUGAAGAAACUUAAAGACACAGUUUCUGCUGCUGGUAACAGCUCUGAGGUUUGGAUUGGCCUGUACAGUCAUAUUGACUGGAAGUGGUCAGAUGGGUUCAACCAGAGUGGAGCUGAAUAUAGGAGCUGGCAUAGUGGGUACCCAAUCAAUUUUGCAGCCAAUCAUCUCUGUGUGGUCAAGGCAUUUAAUGGAAGAUGGUUUGAUUAUUACUGCCAUGAACAGUGUCCAUUUGUCUGCUACAACGGAACAUUAGAGGAUUCUCACUUUGUGGUAGUGAAUCAAGCAAAGAAUUGGUCUGAGGCUCAGAGGCACUGCAGAGAACACUACACAGAUCUGGCCACUGUGAGGAACGACACUGACACCAACAAGAUACAGAACUUGAGGACCGAUGGCAUUUGGGGAUGGAUCGGUUUGUACAGAGAUCCUCAGAUUUACUGGUCCGACGGGAGUAACUACUCAUUCAGCUCCUGGUAUCAGGGUUUCAACCCACUUGGCUCGAUGAAAGUCAUAUGUGGUGUUGCAGAUUUAGACCAGGGAGGAAAAUGGAGGUUAUUUUCCUGUGAAGAAAGAAAACCAUUUGUCUGCUACAGCGUCCCAACAGUGAAGACAUUGGUGAAGAUGAGGGUGAAGCUAGAGGACUCCUCUGUGAACCUGACUGACUCUGCUGUGAAACAACAGAUUCUGAAACAGCUCCAGGACAGAUUGAAGGAGAACGGACUGAGUGGCGUCACCUUGAAGUGGAAAGAACAGGCUGAUGGGAAAGUUUUCCAGAAGGAGGAAAAAGGUUCUGACAAGAAAAAAAAGACUGAGCUUUAAAAAUUUGACUUGAACUAAUGGUUCAUGUCUGCAUGUAUACACACCUCUAUCACUGUAGGCAGUUAAACCAUACCAAUGAAUGAUGUUGUAGAAAAACAGAUUUCUGGCUGCAACUGUACACUUUCACCAGACAGCACCAUAUAUCCAGCAUAAAGAAAUGGUAUCAUGUAUGCCCUCUUACUGUAAUGAUUGUUUUUUAAAACUAUUUUAAGUGUGUGGAAAUGUAAUCAUAAAAACAAAUGCAGAUAGACAUCCCCCGAAUAUAAUGGAGUCUGGAGACAGGACCUUCUAAAUCGAGUAAGGCCUGAAACAGAGGCCUCCAAAUCUCCAAGAUUUAUAAUGGUGUCAAAGUUGGACCAACAAUCACAACUUGAAUACACCUUUAGAAUCGACCCCUGUCUUAACUGUAGGGGGAGACAAAGUCAACUUGGGAAUGUAUGACACCAUUAGGUUCGGGAUGAAUCAAAAGUUUUGAACCAAACAGGAGAAGAAGACAUUCACCUCCUGAUUGGUUGAACAGGCAGCAGCAGAGACGAGGAUGAGCAUAUAAGCAGAGGGUUUGAAGAUUCAGUGAGUGAGUAUUCUCAGCUAAGGCUACAUCAUUUGAGUCUUUUUUAACUUCUUCUCAGUAGUUGGACUUUUUUAUUUCACGUUUGUGCACGACAGCACUUUUGAGAAAGGCUGAAGUUACUGAAUUGUUAUGUAUGUUGUUUUACCUUGUGUCCUUGAGAUGCACUUUUUGUUUUUUAAUUAAAAUACAGAUAAUGGAGUUUAAAAAGGAAGAUUUUUUUUUUGAUAACUUUAUUAAACAUGGCUUUUACAUCGGGCUAUAGAGUGUAAACAUUGUGCUGCUGUGACUACAAGCAGCUACAGAGCUCACAGAGUACAGUGUAUGAUAGGGUUGUCAGUGCUACACUCAAGCUGUGACUCUUAGUGAAGGGAUCAUAAACCUACAAGUCUGUGUUAUUGUCUUAUGAUCGUACGAGACUUUUUCUGCAUGUGUGUGUGUUUCCUGGAGGAGUCCGCCUUCCUCUUCCUUGAGUGAAAGAGAGAGAAUACAUCCUGACAUUAGAAAAAACAGUUAUUGUGUCAAUAGUGAGUCUUAUAACAUUAAUGCAUUCAUGAAUAUUUGGAUAAUGUUAGUUCUGUCUAUUGUUUAUUUACAGUGAGAGAAACUAGAAAUGUCUCCUGAUGUACUUGUAUGUUAUCACUUCAUUAAUCUGCUCUGUGAUGGUUCUUCAAGACAAACUGACACUUUGGAA